AUGCAAUUCCAAUCUAUCUUCCUCAUUGCCGCCGCAGCUGCUUUCGUCAACGCAGAUUCAGUUGCUCCAAAGGCCACUUCAUCCCCAAUUCCAGCCCCUAAGACCAACGGAAACGGAACCGGCGCUCCAAAGCCAAGUGGUGCCUCUCCACCAAAGUCAACUGCUACCACAAAGCCAAACGGAGGAGGAGCAGCAGCACCAGCGGGCGGCGCCCCCAAAGCCAACGGCACCACUGGCGCAGCACCAGCAAAGUCCACCACCAACGCGGCCGUCAUCCUCUCCCAGUCAGGGGGACUCGUCACCGUCGCUGGUCUCGGUGUUGCAUUCGCUGUCUUCAUGUAG